UAUUUUGAAAUAUUUUCUCCGGAAGUGGUGUCAUGGAAGCAAACAGACGCCACUUAUUGGGCAAAAAGAGAACCAGGAGCCUGCCUUGGAGGCGCCUUGAUAAUUGAUAUUAGAAAAUUAUAUUCCAAUUGUUUUAUGCCUUUUGUCUUGCAACAUGUCUGUCAUUGCACCAAUGCCUAUAAAUAAGAAAGAAUCUGAGUGCUCGUGUGCUCCUUGUAAAAGGUUCUUUAAGGCAGCUCUUAAAGAAGGCAGUGAAUGCAUCAGACAAACAUCUUCUGCUCGGGCUGAUGGCACUGCAGUACUCGGCAAUCAAAGUGGACUUGUUCGAAAAGGGGACCGGGUUGUUGUUCAUGGAAAACAUGCUGGUGUUGUGAAGUAUGUGGGUCUUGCAGACGAUCACAUCAUUGCACCAGAAAUGCAUGUGGGUGUUCACCUCUAUGACAAUGUUUAUUCCACCCACAAUGGUGUCUACAAAGGAAAGAGGUUCUUCUUCUGUCCUCGUGGUCAUGGUGCAAUGGUCAAGUACUCUGAGAUUAGUCAGUUGAACCCAAUUCCACAAACUCGACCUGUAUUGGGCAACCCCAUGUUUCCAAGCUAUGAAGCUGUUAAGAAAAGAAGGAAAGAUAGACAGCAGAAAAUUCAUGAGGCUGAGGAGAAACUGAGGAAAGAAUAUGAGGCAAAGAGAAGAGCACAGAUUGAAAGAUAUUCCAAAAGUGUGCCAUCGCCAAGGAUAUCACCUCGAUCCACUAAGGCCAGUCAGCUGAGGAUGGGUCAAGGUGAAGAGAAACCUCGACAGCCUUUGCAGGAUGAAUACGACAUUGCAUACAGGGACUACCUGAACAGGCAGCGAAGAAACCAAGAACGCUUAGCUUUCUCCGAGUCUCCUGAACAAAUUCAACUCCGACAGAUGAAAAAGGUGUUUGGAGGGGAUGAGAAGGCACAGCGUAUGGCAGAAACCCUUCGGAAACUUCACCAAGCUUAUGAGGAAGGCAAAAUCGUUGCCAUGGCAGAGAGGGAUACUUAUUAAAGAGCUCAUUGUUGAAUGUCACAAUAUUCCAUCUGUGUUUCCAUGGUACCUAUCAGCAUUAAGCUUGUCGCCACAUAGAUGUCUUUCACACUAAUCUGUGAUGCAUGGUUAAAGUGUAGAUUGUGUUAUCUAUAUUAGAUUAUGAUCUGCUUAUUGAAACCAGUGCUCCCUGUGAUAUUUAGUCACUCAGAUCUCAGAUAUCCUCUAUCAUUUCGUAUGUGCAGACAGGCUCUGUAUGUGUCGUUAGUUAACACUUAUGUUCUAUAUAAAUUAAGACAAACGCUCCCUAUAACUUAGCAUUUCAAAGAAGUUCUGACGUAACGUGUCAGAUGCUCCUUGUAACAACAGUGAAACUUUGUGAGGUGCAUGAGCUGUAGAAGAUUAAGUUUGUGUGUGUGUGUGUGUGUAUGUGUUUUUGAGUGUGUGAUGUAUGUGUGUGGAUGUGUGUACAACUAUAUGUGUAACUAUAAUGAAUAACAAGUGUCUUCAACUGUCCAGGAUUCUGACUGUGCAAUCGCCUUACUUUUCCUUGACAUAAUUGCCCUGAAAGUCAUUGUUCAAACAGUGCUGACCUCAAAAUAAUUUGCAUGUCAAAACUUUUUCGAAUCCUCAGUAAAGUAAGGAGUUGGUUACGUAUAUUUGUUUGCAAUACUGACACUAUGUUGUACAGGCACAUCAGAAAUAGGUAUGUCUGUGAUAAGUCUGUAUGUAAAUUUCUUCCAGAGGAGUCCGUUAUUGUGAACAGAUAGAUUAUGCUCUUCAUGCAUACAAGGAUGGUCUCUGGCUCUGGUUUAUCCCAGUCUCAUGUUGGAACAGAAUGAUGUUAGAAAGUUGGCUUUAGAGCACACCGUUAGCUCAGUUGGUAUCACGCUUGAUUACAGAGUGUAUCGACACUUGUAUGAUACAAGUGCCCUAAAAUUCUUACUAAAACUUUAAAAAACAGAGUGGAUGGCCUUGGUUUAAAUCCCAAGUGGGUGUUCUGAACUUGGGCUUACCCGUUUGGCUUUGUCUUAUCAGAGAUGGAAGUUAAAUUCCUGGGUCAACCCCUCUUAACCAACUUGAAGUUUUGAAAGUGGUUUUAAAUCUCUGUACAAUAACCAAUGAGUUAAAAACUUGACGGCUGCUCUGAGAGCUUCUAACAAUUUUUGGUAAUUUCAGAAUUUCUCUUUUGUUGCGGAGUAUUCUAGUUUUAGUACAGCAAAAGUCACAAGAGAGCACUGGGAAUGAAUGCAAGAAAGAAGGCGGAGAGACAGGGAUGACGGAUGUUUGUUAGAAAAGAUGGAGCAAACCACACCAGAGUAACCACCAACUAUCCGCUGAGGAGUAUUCUUAGAUGUGCCAAAGGCUAGAAGUGAACGGCCUGUGAGGAAUUUUAAGAUUCAAUUGCACAUACUUAAGUUACAAGCGGAAGAGGCAUUAAUGGUUUACGUACAGUGAAGUGAACCAAUGCCCCUCAGCAGCAAGCUACAGGGUACUGUUCUUGUUUAUAAUGUUUGUAUAGCUGCAUCUUCUGUAUUUUGUUGGAAUAUUAUACAAAUACUAAUUGACUGGAUGCUUUUAUUUUUGGAGUUAAACUUGAAAUGGUUUUUGUUAGUUACAUAAUUUCAGUUUUUGUAGGUUACUGUUAUAGGUAUUCUAAUCACUAAACAUUUGUAUAUUUGUUGAGUGUUUCAGAGUCCUUCAAUUGAAAAAAAAAUUGAUGUUUCUAAGUUUACUUAUUAUCGGAAAGCAAGAAAAACAUUUUGCUUCCAAAGUAAUAUUAAAUCUUGACAUGUAUUUGUUACCUUGCUGCUUUAUCUUUUUGAAUACACAGACCAUCAAAUUCGAACAUUCUACGACAUCACCUUUGAAUUUGUCAGGUCCAGUGAGUGAAGAGAUUUGAUAAUACUCACACAUCAUUAAACUGUAUGAAAGUCAUUUGUUUGUUAUAUCUAUCAUGUUAAAGCAAAUAAAUAACGAAACAAUUGAAACAAAA